GGGGGGUUGGUUGUUAGAGAGCAAGUUAGGUAUGUAGAGAUAUGAAGGGCACAAGUCAAUUCAUCAGGGAAGAAAUGCAAUGAACAAUCGAGCGAUGCUGUCUACGACAAAGGCCAGAAGGAAUAAUGUCUUCGAAACCCGUGAAUCUGUUGGUGCGUGUUUUGCCGUCGUGUUGUGUUGUCUUCUUGUCUGUCUGACUUGUUAGUACAGUACUGUACUGUGGCGAACAAAACGGAAAGGAUUGAGAAGAGAGAAAGAGCUGAAACUGCAAGGAGACCAUCCUUCAUCCCUGCACCCAGCCAGAGACUAUGCAGAAUUCGGGUUACGGAACAACUCCAACAGCGACAACUCGCACAGUUUUUUCCACUAUAUUUCUACUCUUCUAAAUUGAAGCUCAGGGAAGUGUGAAUAAUUUUUCGCGCCUAGAUUCUCUUUUUUCCAACAUUAAUCGUAAUCCUUUUUCACUUUCUAAAUUUUAAAAAAUGAAAUUGAAAAAAACUAAAAAUGAAAUUGGAAAAUUUUCCGUGAAAAUUUCUCUCGUUUAUUCUUUGUUUUGGCAUAGAGGAACACAGUUUCAUUCAUCAGAUUUUUUCUGAAAUAUUUUUGGAGCAUGAAAAAGUUUGGGAUUCCGUGAUUGCAAGACUUUUUCUUAUUACAAUUGAUUUAUACAUCACAUCACGUAAAUAAUAUGAUGAAAAUAAUUUCAUACAAAAUCUCAGGUUGUUUUGGCUACUUCUAAAAAUCAGAAAUUGAAGAACUGAAAUACAUAGCAUUUAUUUUUACAUUAAAAUACUGUUGAUUGUGAGGAAUUUCAAAAUCAACACUCUUGAUUUCUUGGUAUAUUAAAAACGGAGAUUUUUGAAAUUUCUAAUGGUUCUCCCUUUCCUGGUGUAGUUUACUCAUUACAUUUUUCUGUGACGUUAAUUGUUUUAACCUGUACCAGCUAGGAAAAGGGCUGUGCCCCAAAAUCAUUUGACGUGAGGGAUCUUUUGGAAUAUUUUCACUUAUUGAUCGGACAUUGCCCCCAAGAAGUUCUUCUCAAUAUCUGCACUCAUUGAUGCCACCAGCAGUUUAGGCGGGGGCAUCAAUUAUUUUUAAAAAUUGUACUGUAUUUCAAUUGCACAUAGACAUUGCUGGUUCAUUUCUCUUUCAUGAUCUUGAAGGAAAUUGCAACAUUGUGAUUAUGAAGAAGUUAAUCUAGUGAAGUUGGGCAAAUCAUGAAUAUCUUUGAGGAUGACUGGUGAAGUGAUGUUGGGAUUUGAUGAGUUGGUCUUCUAUAUCAGUGGAAUGGUAUUCAGAGAUCUGGAACAUGCAUUGCAUCAAAUGAUUUCUGAGCAUGGCCUUUUUGUGGUGCAGGUUACAAUAAAAUUAAUGCCACACCUAUCAAUGUGGGGUUAUUGCAUCAUAGGCAGUGAUGAUCCAUUUAUUUGUAUACUGUAUGUUCUUCCAAUAGUAUAUUCUUACUUGCAAAAAUUUGUGUGACAGAUGCUUUAUAGUGCACACAAGUUCUGCAAUCACUCUCCCGAAAAAUGUUUAAGGAUGACAAAUAGAAUUGUGUUCUCUCUAUGUUUAAAAAUGAAGAAGCAACUGAAGAAAUUUGCUUGGACAAAAUUCUCUUACUUUUAUCUUUUUGGGUACCAUUUUGUAAAUUUAGAAAGUGAAUGACAAAAAUUAAUGUUGAGCACAAGAGAAUGUCGGCAUUAUAGGUACAUUAGUAUACAUUUUUCUGAGCUUCAAUUUAGAGGAUAAAAAUUAUAAACAGAAAGAGAAAAAAACUGUGCAACUUGUUGAUGUUUGAGUUUUUGGGUAAUCCAGAAUUCGUAUUGAACAAGAUGUUUUAUUAUUAUUUUUGUUUUUUGUGUGUGUGUGUGUGUUCGCAGAAUGAGAUCUUGCGAAUGAGAAAGACAGAGUAUGGCCGACUCAAGUAGGUGCUGGCGUGAGUGUGUCGUGCGGUCGAGAGCGAGUGGUGCUGGCAACGAUGACGAUGAAAGAGUAGAAGAAGCAGUAGUAGCAGUAAAAGAGGACACGCUACUCAAGGACUCGGUGGCCGAGUGGAUCUUUUGGUGGUUGCUGGACGACGUCGUGUUGGGCUAUGCGUUUGACGUACACCGUCUGUGCGCCACUGGGAUGUGGCAGGCCAUCGAAGGAGUGGACGAGGACGACGCAGACGACCAUCAGGUUGUGGACGACCCGCAGUUGGACAUUUUCGGACGCCCGCUUUGUCGUGGCCGGGGCAAGAGCGGCGGCGUAUCGGCCAAAUGUCCUCAGUGUCGGCGCAUGCUGCAGGCGUGUCGCUUAGCCCCGCAUUUGGAAAAGUGCAUGGGCAUGGGACGUCAUUGCUGGCGCGUGGCGAGUCGGCGGAUCACGUCCGCCAUGAUGGAAUAUCGGUCGAGCGGUGACGAAGAAGAAGACGACAAUAAUAAUAACGACGAGGACGGAGAUGGUGAUCGUUGUGACAAGGACAACAACAUGAAGUGCGUUGCGGGGGGCAAAGUCAAUGGUCAGCGCCGAGACUCGUGUGACGACGGCAACGAGGACGAUUCAACCCGCUGGUACUUCAAAAAGGAUGCGUCGUCUCAAGGAACUUUGACGGACAAGGAAAAGAAGAAGAAGAAGAUGACGAAGAGGAACCAGAGCAAGACUCGGGGAAGAGGUGGCGGUGAUGAUUUAUUCAUUUAUUCAUUGUCUUUGUUUUCUGGAAUCUGAUGCUUUAAUUUUGACCGAGCAAAGUACUGUAGUGUGUCUCGCUAUCAUCAUUGUUGUCGUUGAUGUCUUCCCUCGUCGUCUUCGUCGUCGUCGUCAUUCUGACCUGAACCAACACCGAUGAGUUGUGCUUGCUCUCGCACGGCAGGUAAGCGUGGGGAUGUGGCCCGUCGUUGGAAAAGGGCCAGUGGAGCCAGAGGUGGCCGGAGGACGACCUGGUCAUCCAGUUCUCUGCCAACGGGAUGCUGAAUGUAUGUUUUGGAUUGUGGUGCUGCUGCUGCUUUCCUGUUCACGAGGCGGAUGCAGGGAUGGAAGGAUGCAUGUUUGACGGGCUGCUGAAUUUUUGUUUCGACUGACUGCUGAGGAUCAUUUCGAUUAUUGCACGUUUGCGGUCACACACACACACACACCGGUUGAGUGCUGGAAGGAAGAGAGAGAGAGAUGCAUGAUGUUCUGGCAAAGGAUGAAGAUGACAAAGCCAUCAUCAACAGCCCUUGCUUCUGUCUCUCUCUCUCUAUUUUGUCAUUCAACAAUUCAAUGUUGGUUCCAAGGAAUGGGACGCUCGCUUUGUGAUUUGAUUUGAUCAAUUCUUGCAAGUUUUGGCGUGGCGAGAAAAUGAAAUACAAUGAAAUGGCGUUCCUUUUCAUUUUUCACA